AAUAAGAACUUAAAACUAAAAUGUUAUUUAACCUUGGUUAGGCCAACAAAAACCCCCACUAAAUUAGAGUAUGAAACCUAAAACAUAGUUUACAAUAAUGAUAUUGUUGUGUCUCUCUCCUUUGUUUCUUGAUUGAAAUUACAACAGCUGCCACCAAUUGGGAGAACAUUGCAACUCAGGUUCCAAAUAGGGUUAUACUUUAUUGAGUCUAAUGAGUUGACUACAAAAUACUGUACAAUUGGCAACACUAAAUUUCUCCUAAAUUUAUACUGUACUGAACCUGUACUGGACUCUCUUCUUCUGAAUUUGGACUGGAUUCUACCGUACCAGACUUGUCUUGACUUUGCCACUCUCUCUCAUAAAAUAGGGUCUCUGAAUGUCACCUGCCCUUUUUGGAUGAUCACAUUUAUCCCAAGGAUGUUCUUCUUGGGGUGUGUCACACCAACGGUUUUCUAAAUGAUAGUGACAGAAAGUGUGCAUCGCUCAACAUGGAAAUGUUUUGUAAAGAUCGUUACAUCUCUUGGGAGACACUGGUCUAUAUAACAGCAGAGCUAAAAUACUUGAUGUUCAAUCGAGAAUCAUAGCAGCUGACGGUGGGAUGUCCAAUUGAUGAUAUUACUUAUGAACUUGCUGAGGCUGUCCUGGAUUGACAAACUGGAUAUUGAAAGAGUGUUAACACCUGACGCCAAAGGUCGCACAAACUCUUUAACCAUAGUGUUGAUGCAAGAAACUGAAAGAUUCAAUAAGCUGCUUAUAAUAAUCAAGACAUCAUUAGAACAACUGAAAAAAAGCCAUCAAAGGUUUCGUAGUGAUGAGUCAGGAAUUGGAGAAUGUAUACAAUGCUUUUUUAAAUAACCAUGUCCCAGAAUUAUGGGCCAGAAACGCUUAUCCUUCGUUAAAGUCUUUAGCAUCUUGGGUUAAAGACCUGAUAAUGAGAUGUUGUUUUAUUGACAAUUGGAUCAAUAAUGGACCUCCUAAGUCUUUUUGGUUGUCUGGCUUCUUCUUUCCACAAGGUUUCUUGACUGGAACUCUUCAAAAUUUUGCUAGAAAGUACAACCAGCCUAUUGAUCAUCUCUCAUUCAAGUUCAUUCUCCUGCCAUAUUCUAGAGAAGAAGCACUAGUUAUGGAGCAGUUGCGUACAGUUAAAAAGGGCGAAACAAUACCUAUGGAUCAAAAUUUGGAUGUUCCUGAUGAUGGAGUGCUUGUAUAUGGACUCUAUAUGGAUGGUUUUGCCUGGGAUCACAUGACUGUUGGUGACCAAUUGAAAGGCCAGAUGCAGGCAAAUUUGCCUGUAAUGCACAUGGAUCCUCGCCUAGACUAUGAACCAGAUUUAUCUCUCUAUCCAGCGCCACUCUACAAAACUGCUGCAAGAGCUGGCACACUUUCCACUACAGGACAUUCUACUAACUUUGUUGUAACUGUCCACCUUCCUUCAAGCAACACACAAGAUUACUGGAUAGCCAAAGGUGCAGCACUCUUAUGUCAAAUUUCUGAUUAAUUUUGCUUACAGAUAAGUUGUAAAGCAUUUAACAAUAAAAACAAUGUCCAUUACAAA